UAUUCAUCCUCAUCUUUCUCUCUCUAAAAUCUGCGUUUUGUGGUUUUAUUGAAAAGCGAUAAGAUUCUUGUGUGGAAUGAUGGAAAGUCUAACUCUCACCGGAUUGUUGAAACAGGUCGCCGGAGAAUUCCCUUCCCGUCGAGCACUCUCCGUUUCCGGCAAGUUCGAUCUCACCUACGCUCGCCUUCACCAACUUGUUGAAGGAGCGGCCUCUCUGAUCCUCGCCGGUGGCAUUAAGGCCGGAGACGUCGUCGCUCUCACCUUCCCAAACACCGUUGAGUUCGUGAUUAUGUUUUUGGCUGUAAUACGAGUACGAGCCACGGCUGCGCCUUUGAACUCAGCUUACACAGCAGACGAGUUCGAGUUUUACUUAUCCGACUCGGAAUCGAAGCUUCUCCUAACAUCGCAAGAAGGAAACGAGGCAGCACAAGCCGCGGCUUCCAAGCUCAAAAUCACACACGCCACGGCUUCCCUUACCCAAGCCGAAGCCGAAGCCGAAGCAGAGGUAAAUCUAUCCUUGAUUCACUCCGAGCCGGACCCUCACUCGGUAGCCAAACUCGUGAACGAGCCAUCCGACGUGGCACUUUUCUUGCACACCUCCGGCACUACGAGUCGACCCAAAGGAGUGCCACUGAGUCAACUCAACUUGGCCUCAUCGGUUCAGAAUAUCAAAUCGGUGUACAAACUCACUGAGUCAGACUCCACCGUUAUCGUGCUCCCUCUCUUCCACGUUCACGGCUUACUCGCAGGUUUACUGGGUUCACUAGGCGCAGGAGCCGCCGUGACCCUACCCGCCGCUGGCCGAUUCUCGGCUUCAACAUUCUGGUCCGACAUGCUCAAAUACAAUGCCACGUGGUACACCGCCGUCCCCACGAUCCACCAAAUUAUCCUGGAUCGCCACCUUAGCAAACCCGAAUCCGUUUACCCGAAGCUUCGAUUCAUCCGGAGUUGCAGCGCUUCUCUGGCACCAGCCAUAAUGGCUCGGCUCGAGGAGGCGUUUGGUGCACCGGUGUUGGAAGCAUAUGCUAUGACCGAAGCGACCCAUCUCAUGGCUUCGAACCCUUUACCCGAAAACGGUCCGCAUAAACCCGGGUCCGUUGGAAGACCAGUGGGCCAAGAGAUGGCGAUAUUGGAUGAAAAUGGCGUCCAACAGGAGGCUAACGUGAGUGGGGAAGUGUGUAUUAGGGGCCCUAAUGUGACCAAGGGUUACAAAAACAACCCUGAGGCUAAUAAAUCGGCUUUUCAAUUCGGGUGGUUUCACACAGGGGAUCUCGGGUUCUUUGACCCGGAUGGUUAUUUGCAUCUUGUUGGUCGAAUCAAGGAACUCAUCAACCGUGGAGGAGAGAAGAUAUCACCAAUUGAAGUGGAUGCUGUCCUUUUAUCACAUCCAGACGUUGCUCAAGCAGUUGCUUUUGGGGUUCCAGAUGACAAAUACGGCGAAGAGAUAAACUGUGCCAUCAUUCCAAGAGAAGGAUCAGACAUUGAUGAAGCAGAGGUAACGAGGUUUUGCAAGAAAAAUCUUGCCGCUUUUAAGGUUCCCAAGAAGGUCUUCAUCACUGAUUCUCUCCCAAAGACGGCUACUGGGAAGAUCCAGCGAAGAAUUGUGGCUGAGCACUUCCUUGCCCAAAUCUCUACUGCUAAAGUCCCAAAGUUUGGGGCAUAGGAAAAAAAUAAAUCAAUAAAGAUAAGGCAAUUCCUUAAAUCCUUGGGCAAAUCUCCAGGUAUUUGUAAAACAUUUUGCUCCCUUAGAAUUCAUUAGAUGUAUGUUCUUCCCAUUUUUUCCUUAUGCCCAAUUUCAAUGUCAUCUGGUAUCUCAGCAUUGGAAAAAUAAAAUAAAAAAUAAAAAAUUCGUGAAGUA